GAAUUUCACGACCAAUGGCAGCAUCUGGUACAUACGGCAAGCCAAUCAGAACACGUCGGAUGCUUUGAUGAUCGUGAUGCAGAGCAGUUGAUAUCAAGACAUUUUACUGCAAGGAUGGUCGAAAAAGUUCGCUUUCUCCGUGGAUUUCUGUAUUGAGGAAGCGUGAGGGAGAAUGGGGGUCUCGAUGACAUCAUUGCUUGCCCCUUUGAGAAUGCACAACAGAAGACAACACCAAGUCCGACGAGGAGCGAGAGCGAUGCCUUAAAGAACAGAAGCUCGCACAAAUUGACAGAGAAACCCACCGCGCGCUCAUGGAUUAUUGCGGCUCUCCGCAACCCUCCCCGGUGACACACUUCACCCUCGGGGCCAUUGCGCACGAGAUGUCUUACGGAACGGCAUCUUCCGUUCCCCACCCGCUGGGCUUUACCAGUUCGCAGCAGAGCCCGUUGCCUUACAUCAACGCGGUCCAAGCCCCCGGUUUACCCGAGACAGGAUCAAAGCCGGAGAGGAGCGAGAUUGUGGGCGGCGGAUUAGUGCGUUUCAACGGGAAAGGCAAGAAGAUUCGCCGGCCCAGGACCAUCUACUCCAGCGCGCAACUGCAAGCCCUGAACGGCCGCUUCGCACUGACGCAGUACCUCGCGCUACCGGAGAGAGCAGAGCUGGCUGCGUCAUUGGGCAUCACGCAAACGCAGGUAAAAAUAUGGUUUCAGAACAAGAGGUCAAAGUUUAAGAAGAUCAUCAAGCAAGGCCGCGGGACGCUCGAGACUGCGACCCAGAUGGUCGAGCAAGGCUUAACGGCCACAACUACUUCACUGCCCAGCACAUCCGUGUGGAACUCCUACCUCACCACAUCUUACGCAGACUCCACCGAGACACCCAUGGUGUCCUACGUGUCCGAGUACAGCAGCUGGUACCAGACAGCGCACCAGGAGGAGACACAGCAUACCCAAUUAUUAUGAACACUUACUGAAACACCUGCAGAUGGUCACGGUUUGUUCAAACAGUGCAAAAAAAUUCUGAAAGACUAUUUCAACAACCAAGAAUGACAUUUUGUUGGCUGAGACAUGGAUAACAUUUUGUGCUACCCUGCAGAGUCUUCAACGCCUCUAUUUGAAUGAACAUUUUCGUUUUGAGUGGAGCACUUGAUGUCUGCACACAUGGACGUCUUGUUCAUACUCGAACUCAAAGGAAAACACUGCGCAUAUUUUUUUUAAUUUUAUUAUUAAUGUUUCUUUCUUGUUGGCUAAUUUAUUAAGAUUUAAGAGUUGGAACAUGUCACCAUAGUUUGGAAGACAAGGCCUACCUCAGUAAACACAUUCAAGAGGUUGACCAAAGGAUAUUUUUGAAUUGUUUAAUUUUCUGCACGGUCUAAUUUCUUUCCCCCUUAUCCAAGAACAUUCACGGAGGAUGUUAUUUCGGUUUUCUUUCAACGGUCACAAUAUAUGCUGUGUGGUUUGUUGUACAGAAAUAAACAAUAGGCUAAUGCUAUCCAGUCAUCAAAUUUGUU